AAAAGAAAAAAAGCAGUAUCCGCUGUCUGAAAUUCUCUCUCCGCCGCUACCAGAAAUCGCCACAUCAAACCCUUCUCUGUUUCUCUCUCUCUCUCUAUUCAUAGCCCUAAAUUUUCCCGGAAAACCCCAAUUUUCCCUCUCUUAAACCCUUCUCCACAGAAUCCUCCAUUGUCGGACCUCGCAGCCAUGGCUUCCCAUUCCCCUAACCUGGAGUGCCGCAUGUACGAAGCCAAGUAUCCGGAGGUCGACAUGGCCGUCAUGAUCCAGGUCAAGAACAUCGCCGACAUGGGCGCCUACGUCUCCCUCCUCGAGUACAACAACAUCGAGGGCAUGAUUCUGUUCUCCGAGCUCUCCCGCCGCCGAAUUCGCAGUGUCAGCAGCUUGAUCAAGGUCGGCCGAAUCGAGCCCGUCAUGGUCCUCAGGGUCGACAAGGAGAAGGGCUACAUUGAUUUGAGUAAGAGGCGGGUGUCUGAGGAGGAUAUUCAGGCCUGUGAGGAGAGGUAUAAUAAGAGCAAGCUUGUUCACUCUAUUAUGCGCCAUGUUGCCGAGACGAUGAACAUUGAUUUGGAGGACUUGUAUAUCCAUGUUGGCUGGCCUUUAUACCGGAAAUAUGGUCAUGCUUUCGAGGCAUUCAAGAUUAUUGUAACUGAUCCUGAUUCGGUGUUGAGUUCUCUCACCCGUGAAGUCAAGGAAGCUGGUGCUGAUGGACAGGAGGUAACUAAGGUAGUUCCUGCAAUGUCUGAGGAUGUAAAAGAUGCGCUAAUAAAGAAUAUUAGAAGAAGAAUGACUCCCCAGCCGCUGAAGGUUCGGGCUGAUAUUGAGAUGAAGUGUUUCCAGUUUGAUGGUGUGCUUCACAUUAAGGAAGCAAUGCGGAGAGCUGAAGCCGUGGGGAAUGAUGAUUGUCCCGUUAAAAUUAAAUUGGUUGCUCCUCCACUCUAUGUCCUUACUACCCAGACACUAGACAAGGAGCAAGGAAUCACUGUUCUUGAGAAAGCGAUCACUGCUUGCACUGAGGCAAUCGAGCAACACAAGGGAAAGCUUGUGGUGAAGGAGGCACCUAGAGCGGUGAGUGAAAGGGACGACAAAUUACUUGCGGAACACAUGGCGAAACUACGACAGGACAAUGAAGAGAUCAGCGGCGACGAGGACAGCGAGGAAGAGGAAGACACGGGAAUGGGUGAAGUUGAUGUCGAGAAUGCAGGUUCCGGGAUCACAGAGUGAAGAUUGUUGCAGGAAUAGUGAGACGGUUUUCACAGUAAAUCUUUCCCCCAGGUCUGUAGUUUCUGAGAGCUGCUAGUCUUGCCACUUUCACCAAGAAAUUUGACACAAUUUUGGGAACGCCUGUUUUGUUUUAGGUAAGACACCUAUACUUGAGUUAUUACAAUUGGGAAAACUGAACUGGGAAGUCUGUGUAUUGCUCUUAUUUUCUUUUACUUGAUAUUAUUUAAAUGAGUAAGCUUUAUGUGGAUCUCUUUUCUACCUA